AUGUAUAGACUGAAAGACGAGACUAGAGGGAAGAGGCUCUUUGAUUCUGAUAAAAAGAGAAGGGAUAAAAACAAAGGAGAAAAACUGCACAGAGCUAUUUCUGAGGUGCGAAAAGGUGAGUUUUACAAGCUAGUUCUAAACAACAACACGAGCGCCACGGGAAGGGUGGUCGACAUUACGGAGAAGGAAAUCAAAUUAAGCGAGUACACGGAAAAUGAUGUCUCCGUGUCGUACGAGCAAAUUCUGAAGAGAGACCGAAUUCACUCUAUCGAGCCUAUGGUGGCCUCCCUCAGGAAUGAAAUUACUGCGAAGGAGAACGUCGUAAUAGUCACCAUGAUAACAGGGACUACUGGGUACGGGGAACUUCAGAAGGAGACAAAAGCGUCUUUGAUUCUGAAGAACUUUGUUUUCUUCUCGGACGGAUCCAUUCCCUACGACAUCACCAUACGGAAGGAGCUGGUGAAGGAGUAUCUGAAACUGUCCACGCUUGUGCGGGAGUCUGACAGCGAGAGCUCUGAGAAGUCCUUCCAGAUAGACAGCGAAAUAGGGAAGAAGAAGCCCGUGAAGCAAAAGGAGCUGCAGCCCUUCUUUGGGAGGGAGGCGUCCUCGCACAAGGAGACUCUGCCAAGGACCCACCGGGAGUGGAACCAGUUCGAGGAGAACGAGAGAAGGUUUGGCCUGAAGGCAACAUUUGACGAGUCCGUUUACACGACAGUCCUGGACAAAAACUCGAAGGAGUACAAGAUGUACGCGCAGGAGGCAGAGACUUUGGCCCGGAAAAUAGACGGGCUCUCCUCCUCAAACAUGCACUUGGAGGAGGAGAGAGGCCGAAUCAGCGACAGGCCCGAGGACGAGAAGUACGGAACAGUCAUGCGCGCGGUGGAGAAGGAGAAGGAGACUCCGCAGAGUGACUCGCAGGAAGACCUAACAGAGUCCUCCACAAACACCGAAGCGAAGGCCCCCGUGGAGAUGCACGUCCCUGCAAAGGCUCCCUCCAGGCCCGCAUCCCCGAAGAAAAAGCCCGAUCUGAAGGUCAUUCCCUUGAACUUUUUCAAGGAGGGCGCAACCGGAGACUUCAGCGAUAGAGUGUUUUCGAGCUUGAAGGGAAAGAAGAAGAGCGAACCGCAGGCAGCCCCCGUGGAAGAGAGGCUCAGGAAAGUGUCGAUCGUAAGUGGGCAAAGGGCAGAGGCCUCCGAGCAGGCGCAAAAGCCUGAAAGGCCUGCGCUGAAGAAGCUGAACGUGGACGCCCAGAGCUUUGACCCUACAACUGCCGUGCGCAAUAAUUUCUUUAUAAAAGUCCCGAAAAGCAAGAAGCUGAACGCGUGGGGUAAAGACGGGAAAGUUUUGUGCAUACCCUGGGGAACAGGAAAGUCCUUCUUGAGUGUAGAGAAGCGCGGAAGUCACGGGCAUCUGAACAGUAAGCACAGGCAAGGGCAUGCCAAGCGCCAUGACGGAAUGAACAACAAGAAGCGGCACCAAUAA